AUGGCUUGCAGCUGUAGCGCUAAUACGCUGCGACUGUUCGUCCGGACAGUCACACAAAUCAAUGUUCCAGUGUAUUCGACGCAAAUCCAUCCUCUUCGUCAAGUAUCGCGAACGUAUGCGAGAACCCUGAGCGUACCGACUGCUCUACAAUUUCAACGAAGGCACAACUCUUCUACGGCAGCAGCACCCAUCGUGGCAAGGGAACAAAAUGAAACAGAUGGGGCGUCCACGCUGGAUCGCCAACUCGAUUGCGAAAUUACCGCCUCAGAAGGCGACACGCGCUUGAGCAACAGUACAGCAAUCGAAGAUGAUAACGUCGAGCCAUUGUCCGGCGCGCAAAUAUCUGCCGAAGCAGAAUCUUCUACGGUCACCAAUCAGCCGCCGGAGGCCAGUAUCGAUCUCGAAAGCGCCUUCGCGGAGCUGACACCUGAAGCAAUAGAGGCUCUUGCAACAGAGGUGGCUUCUUCGCCACGAUCGAAAAUCCUAGAUACCGAGCUGCAUCCUGAGCCAUUACCGCUCUUUCAUCAAGGCUUGAAGCAACCUGCCAAGGAAGACUCAUUGUUUUCGGGACCGUUGCGGUCCAUGAAUCAAAGGAGAAAGCAGCGUAUAUCCGAAGAUUCGACGUCCCCGGAACGGAGCACAAUAAAAUCUAAAUCUAAGGAAGCAGGUUUUACUAUCAGCUAUAGCUCGCCACCAAACAAAACCGAGCCGCCAACGGAUGACUGGGUACCCCCGCAAAAAGAGCCAUGGCAGGUGCAGAAAGCUAGGUUGAAAGAGAGAUUUCCAGAUGGGUGGAAUCCACAAAAACGCUUGUCACCAGAUGCGAUAGCUGGUAUACGCACCCUUCACGCAGAGAUGCCAGAGCAGUACACCACCGAUGUAUUGGCACAGCACUUCAAAAUCUCUCCUGAUGCUAUCCGUCGAAUACUCAAAUCUAAAUGGCGGCCCGAUGCGGAAACUCAGAUUGAUCGUGAGAUGCGAUGGUUCAGAAGAGGCGAGAGAGUCUGGAGUAGGUAUGCUGAGUUGGGGGUGAAGCCGCCUCGCAGAUGGAGAGACGAGGGAAUUGGACGUGGAAAACCCGAGUGGAAGAAGGGGCCAGCGACCUCGGACGAGAGCUCUCGAAUCAUACCGGCAUUGGUCACGACGAGCCGCCGAGAAGGUGGCUACUUUGGCGAGAACAGAUCUUCUUCAGUUGGCACAAGUUACAGAGGGGAGGAUGAGAAGCCGGAACUCGUCACACGAAGAAGAGAUAGUUGA